AUGUCACUCUGUCUGCAGAGAGGAGCCCAGGGAGGGCAGCUCGGGACGAACGAAUACGGGACCUGCCAGGCCUCGGUCAAGGCUGCGGAAGGGGAGGCGGUCCGGGGGCUCCGCUUCCCCGCGGGAAACCGAAGCGGCCCACGUGGGCCCGGCCGCCCCGCCCCGCGCGCUGACGCCGCCGGCCCCGCAGUCCGCGCCCGGAGCUGGGAGCGCCGCUGGGAGCCCCGCACCCCGCGCCGGGCCCGCGUGGACGCCCAGGCCGAGCUCCCGCCGCGGGGCCCGUGGAGCCAGAGCUGGCCGUAG